UCUACGGAUGUUGAAGAUUUUCGUCCGUCAGUUGUCGCUAAUUGUGUCUUCAACAGCUUUUUGUGUUAUACAACCAUCAUUUUGAACAUCGUUACCAUCCAUGCGAUAAGGAAAACGGCGUUGUUGCCAAAACCUUUGAGAACAUUAUUACUGAGCCUGGCUGCCUCCGAUGUUGGCGUUGGUUUGUUGGUCCAACCGCUCUACAUUUCUACUUUGGUCAGCCGGUUAAAUCAAAAACGUAUCGACUGCAUUUCCUACAAGAAAUUGUUGGCCGCUAUCAAUUUCUUUUGUAUAUCCUCGCUCUUGAAUGUUGUAACCAUAAGUGUGGACAGGUUCUUAGCUGUUCACCUUCAUCUCAGAUAUCAAGAGCUUGUGACUCACAAGCGCGUGAUUGCAGCGGUGAUAUCAAUAUGGCUGUUUAGCACAAUUAUUUCUUCUAGUGCCUUUUACGAUUCACUGCUUAUCAUCUCACAAGUCGUGUGGUUCGUGAACAUGACUGUUUGCCUCAUUCUGGUAGUAAUUGUCUACUGGAGGAUUUAUAUAGUCUUAAAGCGACACAAAAACCAGAUUCAAGGCCUUCAAAUCCAAGAAGUACAACAGGGAGUUCAAAAUGGCGACUCAUCAAACUUUUUGAAGCUGCGAAAGUCAGCUCUUGGAACAUUUUAUGUAUGUGUUGUGUUCAUGAUUUGUUAUUUGCCUUCCUAUAUUCUCUCUUUUUUACAAAUGGCUCGCCUUUCAAGUCCAAUCUCUCUCUACGUUGCUUCGCUCUAUACAACGACUUUGUUUUUCCUCAACUCGUCUUUGAACCCUGUUAUAUACUGCUGGAAGAUAGGACCCAUUCGUCGCACUCUCAUGGACAUAAUACGAGGCAUCGUUAGUCGAUUUAGAGAAUAGCAUUUGUUAUGAAUAAUUGGUAUUGUCAAUAGAAGCUUCUAGAAAUCUCCAGACUGCUUAAUCAUGCUGACAUGCGUGCAAUAGAACUUUCUAAAACAUUUGAUAAAGUCACGCAAUUUUUACGUAAUAUCAUUAAGAUAGUUCUUUUGUGAAUGUAUAUAAAGACUCAGUUAUAUGUAGUAGUAGUAGUUGUUGUUGUUGUCGAGAGUGACCAACUGUUUAGAAAUCUAUACCGUGAGAGAGAGCUACAGUGGAAGAUUGUUAAUAUCAACAAACGGAGGAAACUGUGUGUUCUGCUCAGUGGCGAGCUACGAUAUAGGCUGUAGUGAGCUUAAGUAAGUUUAUGGAGCAUAAGUACUGUACUGCCUUUAAGAGACGCUCCUUAUUAAGAAUAUCACUCGUUGUGUAAUAAAGUAGUUGAGUUUGUAGGAUUGUAGUAUUUUUCUAUUGGUUAAAUUAAAUGGUAACACAUUGGUUGGGUUCGUUUCUGAUGCCAAUUAAACAUGAUCUGUCGAAAGUGCUUCAGGAAAACUGAGGGAGGAUGAACUUUAACGUUUAGGGAAACUACACAAUGAGGUACUACAGAGUCAGUUAUAGGAAAGCAUCAGUUGUUAGUUUCAAGCACAUUUUGUAUGAGAAAUUUAUAAAUAACCAUAAAGCUUCCUAGAUACUUGAAGUAUUAUUUCAAAGUUAUGUUAUCAUUUGAUGUAUGUUUUUUCAAUUGUAAAUAGGAUAAUAAAUCAUUAACCUUGUAAAGUGUUUAGCUCGUGAAUUAAAUUCAAAACCGAUUUUUAGGCGGCUUUAUAGUGUAAUAAGCGCCACGAGUUCAUCAGCGUUUUUACUACAGUUAAAUGUAUCCCUGUUCGAAUUUAGCCGGUAAUUGCCUGCGGUCACACACAGACUUCCAGAGUUUAGUUUUGCAGUUUCUGAUAUAAAGAAUAAUAUUAAGUCGACUAGAAUUGAUGGUUGUUCGUUCGACUCAGUCUCAACCUUCUCAGUAGUAACCCGGACACUUACUUACUUAAGGAAAGACAGAGGGUUAUACAUUUAUGCUAAUUAAACAAAAUACAAGGAGCUCUACGCCUUUCACUAAGAUGGUUAGUCCGUUUUGAAAAAUUUAGCAUCAACUUUUACCUUUUUUAAUUUUACCUUGCGCCAAUCACCGCUGUUCUUGUCUAUCCUCAUUUUUUUUUUGUUAUGUUGAAACUUUUUUUAGUGUUUGUCUACCACAGGAAAUAAAUACUUAUUUCAAAAAAGACGAUUCUCUUUGGAGCUGAAGAGACCUCAAAUUACAUGACGUAACUUCUUAGUAACUCCAGUCGAUGAAUGACCAGUUGGCCAUGUACAAAGCAUGACAUCCGACUCCAACCUCGCUCCCAGGAAGAGGCUGGCUAGAGUUAGACAACAGACAUCCGGAUUGCAAAUCACGCGCUCAGACUCUCUUCAGUUUUCUUUGACAUUAUAAGAAAAAAUUAGAGAUGCAUAAAGUUAACUCACUUUUGGAAAUUCUCACUAAAGUCAGUUGUCACCAAUCGAUCGACAUGGAAUGCCCAGAUUCCUCAGAUCUUCCUGUACAGAUCCACCACACGGCGGAGAAAAAUUUGUUUUAGGAAUAUCAAACUUUGGAAUUCCUUAGACCUGUCACUCAAGUGGAAAAGGAUAUUGGCAGAAUUCAAACUUUUUUAAAGAUCCUUUAAUUCUUAUUUCAUAUUAAAUCCUGCAUUUAUUUGUUUGUAUACAUACAUACAUACAUACAUAUAUAUAUAUAACAGAUACAACAACACCUCUGAAACAUACAUUGGACUCACAGAAAUCGACUUCAAAAUAAGACACAGAAAUCACACCGCAUCAUUCCGCCACGCCAAGCACAAAAACUCUACCGAACUUAGCAAACACAUCUGGACACUCAAGAACGACAACAUUGACUAUUCUAUUUCAUGGCGCGUCUUAUCAUCCAACUCUCCCUACAACAGCUCCAGUAAAAGAUGCAACCUCUGCCUAAAAGAAAAAUUCCUGAUAAUUUACCGACCCGACCUCUCAUCACUAAAUAAGCGUAACGAACUCGUAUCUUCAUGCCGACACAGAAACAAAGCGUUGCUACGCAACAGCUGAACUUUAAAGUUUUUAAGUUUACCGCGUAUUAUGUAAAUUUUCCUAGUAUAUAAACGAUAGUCACAUGAAUAUUCUUUCAUUAAACCCCUGAAGAGUGAAGUGAUUCACGAAACAGGCUUGUCGGGAAAUGUAGUUGCAUCCUUUUUUCCUCUCAUAAUAUUUAUAUAUAUAUGUAUGUAUGUAUAAAGAGAGGUAAUUUAGAGUUAACAACUGGGUUGAAAUCGUAAAUUGGCCAUCGUAAAGAGUGUAAAGGCUGACGUUUCGAGCGUUAGCCCUUCGUCAGGGCGAUCGGAAGAGUUGUGGGUUGUGUGUGGGUUUAUAUGCACAAAAUGGAGUUACGCUAUUGGUGGGAAUAUGGUGACGAGAAAACAAGAAUAAAUUAGUUGAAUCAAAAGCGCUCGUUGAUACUGUGGGGAUUAAGAGUGCCGAUUUAGAAGAUAAAUUUUUGUUUUAAUGUUUUGCGGCUUUCCGAACUGCCAAAAUGUAAGGAAAGGCUGCAAACUGCCAUAUGCUGUAUAGAAUAAGUAGGGAGAUUUAAGUGUUUAGCGACUGGUUUGGAUGUAUCCUUGUCAUUUCUUUCUACGUCGCGAAGGCGUUCUCGGAAUCGGUCACCUAGUCGUCUGCAUUCAUAUGAUUGCACAUAUAGAUGGUUAUAAAAUAUAUAGCACCACAUAACAUUUUUCGUUUAGUAUAAUAGCAUAAGAUUUAGAUGGAGUAUUCUUAUGCGCUGAAUUUUCAGGGUUCUGCUUUUUUCAUUACAACCUGAAUUCAACAUUCUCUAUUUGCAAUAGUGGACAAACUUUAACCAGUAGAAAAUCAGUUUGCUUAUUUAUUAGUAAAGUCACGACUGGAUCUGAUUGCCUCGGAGUAGCUGAUAGAUGGAACAAAGUUCUUGACCAAUCACUUUACGGUGUAAAGAGAAACUAAUACAAUCCCUGAUUGUUUUUGACAAACUAAUCUUUACUUUGCAAACUAAUCUUUACUUCUGGACGAAAUAAAUUUACAGUCCUGUCAUUUGUCGAUUCGAUGUUUUUCAAUCCUUCUUUACUUUCUGAGCCAAACAGACUAAAGUCUUUCAUAUUCAAACACCAUAUUGCAUUUUUCACAUUAAUUUGCAUGUACUGAUGUCACAAAAAAACCAGCCCUCAUUUUAAUUUACAUCUGCCAUCAGCAUAAACAAUAGUCAAAUAUUCCUUUAUUCUUUUGGUUUAAGCGCUUGAUGCAGAAUUAUUGUUUGAUAAAAUGUCUUAUCUGUAUUUCUUUCGGUUGAAAUAUCUAAAAAUAUUACAUGGCCUUUGCUAGACUUUUUCUGAGCUAAGUGCAGCCGUUCAUGAACUGAAGUGGAUUCAGGACUUGUGAGGAGGCGGUUAAAGUGAGAGCCGGACGCGGUUGGCGACUAUAAAGGGGAAGGGCUAUCUGUAAUAUCUAUUGCCGGAAAAUAUUCCCAAGCUACUCUAAAACGACUGAAAAAAAGGAGGUUUUAUCUCUUUUUAGUAAGUUUGCCAAACAUUCUGAUUACCUCCUUGAUCCGCCACAAACGAGUCAGUAAUUUAUUCGUAAUAAUUAUGUGGGUCUCUCUCCCCACCCCUCAUCAACCAUAAAAUGCUCGGUCUCUGAAGAUGUAUUUAGUGUAUUCAGACGAAUUAAGUAAUAAAGAAGCAUAUGUCAAGCGCUCUUUGAUUUAACUAACUAUAAUGUUUCGUUUAUUCAUUUUGGUAGAUAAAAAUAUGUUAAUGACAGCUUUCCUUCAAAUAACUUUUUCAGGUAUAAACCCCAUGUUUGCUUAAAAUGGCUUGAAGCAUUAAACAGAUAAUUUGUUUUAAUUCUAACUAACGCCGAAUGAAAGCGAUACUCGAUGCUUUUUUUCAGAAACGCAAAGGCCAGAGUUGAAGACAUGUUGAAUGUACGUACAGAUGGCUUCGACUGUGUUUUGUGCUCGUGACUGACAGCUACAUAUGACUUAAAAAUUUAAAAAUAUCAGGGCCACUGUAGUUUUAACACUCAGCUCUCGUGGCGACAAAAGUUUGCGAUAUUCUCAACGAGUCUCUUUAUGGAACCUCAGCGGAUUUUGAAGAUUUUCGUCCGGCACUCGUCGCUAAUUGUGUCUUCAACAGCUUUUGUCUUAUACAAACAUCUUUUUGA